UGCUCGAUUGGAGAAUUCAAAUUUUUCUUCGCCGCAACCCAACAUCCGCAUGCACUUGCCUCCGCUUGGGCGCUCCCCUUCUCGCCCAUGGCCUCCGCCGCUGGCGAUCCCUCGCCGCCGCCAGGAGGGUGGCUCUCCGGCCUCGUUUCCGGCGCCGGCCGCCUCCUCGCAGCCGUCAUCGGCUCCGAAUCGUCCGCCUCCAAUGCCUCCUCGUCCUCCCCGGAGUCGUCGCAGUCGCCUGGCACCGCCGAUCAAGGUAACAUGGCACAUUUUGCUUCUGAUAGUUAUCAGCUAAACCAGAGAGGAAACGAGAUUGUUCUGAAAGACUGUGGUGAAGGAUCCCUAGCAGUCGUCUCAGAGAUUGACCCUAAGGAUGCUAUGAUACAAUUGCUUAUGCAGGAAACGUACACGAGGUCGGAGUGUGAUGCUCUAAUAAAGAUAAUUCAAGAGCGGGUUGUGCACUCAGACCCAGGUGUAGAUGAACCUGCUAUUGUUCUUCCAAUUGCUUGGGCGGCUGGUACAGAGCAAGAUAAUGUUGCAUACUCUUCAUUAAAUCCAAACACUUCUCCCCUUGCAACUUCAGGUAUUCCUGUUUACAGCCGAGAGUUUGACAAUUAUAUUGUUGAGAAGAAAUUGCUGACGAAAAGGUCAACUCCUGCUGAAGGUCCUUGCUCCCUGAACCAUGAUAGGAGCCUGCCUGUUCUGAAACGAAGUUAUUCUAACACAGGGGAUACUCUUGAAGAGUCUCGAAGAGUAAGGCCAAAGCUAAAUGGAUUGAAGAUUUCAGAAAAGCUGAUUGAUUCGUGUAGGAGUCAUGCAGCUGCAGAUUCAUUUCAAAACUCUACCACCAUUGAUCGAAAUGCAUCAAGGGGGAUUCCGGAAGAUGAUAGGACGUUUUUUGCAGAUGUUCCCCUUCUUGGGACGGAUAACCUAACAUUCUCCAACAUUGUUUCAAAUGGUGAAACUGCUGAUGAUACAGCAGGGUUUCAAGAUAAGCCCUCUGCUUUAACUGCACAGCCCUUCGCUUCAACCUCCUAUCGAGCUGACAGGAAUAACCGUGAUAGUACCAUAUUUCAUCCAUACUCUAAUCAGGAUCUGACUGAGACUUUUCCUGUUAAGGUGGAACCUUUUGAUGAUCUUGUUCCUCUUGAGCCUGACAUGGUGGAUCUGACCCAGAAAAAUCAUGACACACACAUCAUGUACUAUGGCUCUGGUUCUGUCUCGAAAUUGAUGUUUCAAGAAGACAUUGAGGCCGCACCCAGCUCAUCAAAGGGAGUGCAGCUAGAAAACAGUUCCAUAAACUGCACGAAGGGGUUCAACUUGCAGAGUAGCAUACCAACUAAGACAAGGUCACCUGCCAAUAGCAAUCGUCGCCCAAACAAUCGCAACACAAUCAGAUCGUGGAAUGGGCCGCCACAGCAAAGCAAUCCGGCGUUACCAGGACAGGAACCGGACGCAGGCCACAUUCAGGCGAAGAGGCCGGUUGGAAGGCCAAGGAAAGCGAGGAGGUCUCGAAAGGCCCAAAGACAUGUGAAAAAUACACGAAGGCUACAAAGCGAACUCCAUACCACAGGUAUCAUCAUGUAAUUGUUGGUAUAGUAUUUUUCUUUUCUUUUUUGAGAAACAAUUGUUGGUAUAGUAUAAAGGUUUAGAAAUACAAUGCUCCUUCGCUAUCACCGGUAGGCUAACUAACAAAUGCCAUUGGUUGUACUAACAAUUACUCGUCUUUUAA